AUGAGGAGAGAACUACUUCUAUACGCCGUCGUUUUGGCUCUAGCUUGCCUCUCCCUGCCACGUGUCGUCGAAUCUUCGGCUCGAUGCAAAGCUUGGCUGGUUCAGUCCAUCCCCACGGACAUGCCUGAGCUUCCUCGCGUCUCUGGCGUACUUUCUACAGGGGAUGUGUUUCAGUGGCUUGCAAACAAUUCAACAAAAUCACUAGACAUCAUUGCACAGUACUGGCAACUUCUUGCUAAACCAAAAGAUCCUCGCUCAGGCGAAUUCGGUUAUUCAGAUUCAGAGUUGCAGCAAUUUGGUGCUCAUCUUGGUUCUCUAGUUUACAAAUCCAUUGAUAACGCUGCUAAUCGCAAUGUUAAUAUCAGGCUAUUGUCUCAUUCAGGACUAUACCCAUACUAUACCAAAGAACCAUCUGAUCUUGCUAAUGGAAGACCAAACGUGAAGAAUGUGACUUUGUUACUAAGCAAAUGGUGGGGCUCAGGAAUUGUUCAUGCCAAGGUCUGGAUUUCGGAUGAUCGUGACGUCUAUAUCGGAUCUGCUAACAAUGACUGGAAAUCUCUUACUCAGGUGAAGGAAGUUGGGAUUUACUUGAGUGGGUGUUCAAGAAUUGCUAGAAAGGUCAAAACUUAUUUCAAUAACUUGUGGAGAUUGUCCACUCUUGAUUCUUCAAUACACACAAGAAAUGUAUCAGAUCAACAAUGGCUGAUCAAUAGAACUGUUCCUUGUUGGUCUCAUUUCAUACCUAACAAAGCAAGAUGCAGGUCACCUCUUCCAAGUUACAUAGAGACACCUAAUGUGUCUCCAGGCUAUCCUUCACUAUCUGAUCCUGAGAUGUUAAGAGUCGAAAUCGAAACUCUCCCUAGAAACCAUUCUUGUCAAGAACCGCAACCGAGCUAUCUAUCUUUUGCACCACCAGAGCUGCUGUUUGGAAAGUACCAGUCUGAUGAACAAGGAUGGGUAGAUACAAUUAAAUCUGUAGUGGAAGGAGGAACGGUGAGGAUCAAUACAAUGGAUUGGCUAGGUCAGUCUCAGUACACUACUCCUAAGGUUUACUGGUCUUCCCUUUCUUCUGCGGUCUCCGAGGUCGUUUUCGCCAAGAAAGCCAAAGUGAAGAUCUUAGUAGCAUAUUGGGGUCAUUUCAUUGAAGCCACUGAUGGAUACUUGAGGUCGCUGCUUUACUCAAAUGUUCUUUGCUCUUCUUCUUCUUCUUCUGUGCAAAGCAAAUGUUUGGGACAAGUGGAGAUUAGAUACUACAUGGUUCCUGGUUUUAACAAGACAGGGCCUGCGGUUAUAAACGGGACUAAAACAGGAAACUUGUAUCCAGCUUACUCGAGGGUGAAUCAUGGGAAGUACGUAGUCAGCGACAUGAGAGCUCACAUAGGAACAAGUAAUCUCGUUUGGGAUUACUUCUUUACGACAAGUGGUGUGAGCUUUGGAACUUACAAGAUGGAGAUUGUGUUGAAGCUUCAGGAGAUCUUUGAUGCUGAUUGGAACUCUCCAUAUGUAGUUCCUGUUCAAGAGCUUGGACAAGAUAUGGUGGUGAAGCGGUUGGUCAUCAAAGGCGAGGUAGUGAUCGGUGCGGCGGCGGAGUGGGAAGGCAAAGACCGGACAGCUGUCGUGAUCGCUGAGGCUAGACCCAUCAGCACGAAGAUGAAUUCUUCGAGUAUUCUCAGUGUCUUUCUCACCAUCGAAACUUUGUGUGUUUCUCUAUUGCCGAAGUUUCAAGAAGAGAGAGCAAGAGAGAGCGAGAGAGAGAGAGAGGCGUGUGAUAGUUUUGUGCUGACUUGUGAUCAUGGGAGAGAAGUAGAAAGAAAACGCUAUGCGUUGAAAGACUUUUCCCUUCUCUGUCCCUCUUGA